AUGUCAUCCACAUCCACUGGCGAAAAAAAAACUGUACCAGUUUUUCCCUGGUUUGGCAUCGAUAUUGGUGGAACAUUAGUUAAACUUGUUUAUUUUGAACCGCUGGAUUUAACAGAUGAUGAAAUUCGAACUGAAGGUGAAAUUUUAAUGAAUAUUCGUCAUUAUUUAACAUCAAAUCGAGCUUACGGACAAGACGGUGUACGCGAUCAUGGAUUGGAAUUAACAAAUAUUCAAUUGGGUGGUCGUCGAGGAAAUCUUCAUUUCAUUCGUUUUCCAACAUCGACAAUGCCGAAUUUUAUUGAUUUAUGUUCCAUGAGAAAUCUACAUACGUUAACCUUUGAAAUUUUUGCCACCGGUGGUGGUGCCUAUAAAUUUGAAAAAGAUAUUGUCGAAAAAUUAAAAAUAAAUUGGUGUAAAUGCGACGAGCUCGAUACAUUAAUACAAGGGUUAAGUUAUUUGAGUAAACUUAAUUCAAAAGAAUGCUUCUACUAUGAAGAACCGCAAAACGAUGCUAAUCCGAAUAAAAAUCCAUUUAUAUUCGAUACUAAACAGCCAUUUCUUUUAGUUAAUAUUGGCAGCGGAAUUAGUAUUUUACAUGUUGACUCGAAUAGAAAUUAUCGACGUAUAACUGGCACAAGUAUAGGUGGUGGGACAUUUUUAGGUUUAUGCUGUCUAUUAACUGGAUGUUCAAGUUAUGAUGAAGCUAUUAAAUUAGCCACCGAAGGUGAUAGCACAAAAAUUGAUAAAUUAGUCAGAGAUAUAUACGGUGGCGAUUAUGAGAGAUUUGGUUUACCUGGUCAUAUUGUAGCUAGCAGUUUUGGUCACAUGAAUCUACCAGAAAAACGCGAACAAGCAACCAAUGCUGAUUUAGCUCGAGCUACAUUAGUAACAGUAUUAAAUAAUAUUGGUUCGAUUUCAAUGAUGUGUGCUCGAACUGAGAAUGUGGAUCGAAUACUAUUCAGUGGUAGUUUUUUACGUAUAAAUGGUUUAUCGAUGAGAAUAUUAGCUUAUGCUAUGGAUUACUGGUCAAGCGGUCAGAUAAAGGCUGUAUUUCUUGAACAUGAAGGCUACUUCAGUGCAGUUGGUUGCUUGAGAAAAUUUAUUAUGGACGCAAAUGGCAAUUGA